CUCUCUCGCUUCUCAAACUAUCUAGCGUUUAAGUUCAUGCUCUUGCUCGACGUUGUUUUGUAACGCAUUUUGUAUAGGUUAUAUUUUGAUGUUUAGUUAUUAAAAAUAUUGCUUGAAGGAAAGCAGGAACAAUGUCUAGAAAAAAACAUAACGUUUCUUAUAUUAAACCGGACGAACCAAAAUUUUUACGAGAACUGAAAGAACGAGUCGGAUAUAAGGAAGGGCCUACAAUUGACACAAAGAGAGAAGUAUUACCAGAAUUUUCGGACGAUGAGAAGGAAGAUCCUGUGGAAGAGCAACCCAUAGUUGUUGUAUUAAGCACGGGUGAUUUAACUGCAGAAGAAGCAGAUGCAUUCAUAAAGAAGAAAGAGAAAGAGGAUGCGAAUGCACCGGCGGAUCUAUCUAAGCCAAUUGUAUUUAAAAAGAAAAAGGAUUCAACGGAAGGAGAUGCUGUAGAUAAGCCGGUCAAAAAGAAAAUGAGAAAAGCGAAGCAAAAGAAAGCGGUGUUAUCUUUUAAUGAUAACGAUGACGAUGACGAUUUUUAGUACUAUAUAAAUAUGCUAAGCGUUAUUGAAAUAUUAAGAUAUUUAACAUUUUACAUCAUAGGAUAAGUUAAGAGUAAGGACAUUUAUUUCCUUUGUAAAUAUACGAGAGAAGAACUCUGUAAAGCACAUAAAGUUUAUAAUUAUAAAAUUACUUGUACGACAAGAUAGAAUAACGAAUGUAAAUAUUAUUCAUGUAUGUACAUAAAUUAUAAAUUACGUUCCCGUAGAACAAAAUAAAAACUUUGGCCACAACGAAUUCGAUAAACAUUGAAAUCUCACGAUAUAAACUAUCGACGGACGAAAAAUAUAAGAAACGAUAAUUACGUGUAUCGUGAACUGUUCGAUACAUUGAUACGAAUCGGAGAACGGUAAAUCGAAAAUAAAUGAAAUUACAAAAUA